GAAGUACCAAUGAAGUGAUCCGUGCACGAGCAGAGUUUACUUAGCUAAUUGAUUAGCUCUUUAAUCCAGUCGGGAAAACAAAAUGUUUACUGCUUGUUUUACAGUGAAUGUUUUGUAACGUAGUUAAAUGCCACAUUAAUGAAUUAAUGUUACUCGGUUAACUCCUGAUUCUGACUCACAGUGACUCGAGGCAGACUCACAGUGACAGAACAGGUUUUUCCCCGCAGCAAGCCUGUAAAGUCAAUACCAUUUAAACCGAUAAAUACUGCUCUAAAACAAACCUCUACAAGACUCUGGACCAGACCCGGGGAUACUCAUGGCUAGUUCAUUUUCAAGAAAAUCGCAUAGGAACCAUCUUAGGAGAGUGCCUGAAAGAGGUUUUGCUCUCCUGCUUUUCCUUACUCUAUUCACCUGCAUACUGAGGUGUACAGAAUGUGUCAAAUCCAGCAACAUGAUUCUCAUUGUAACAGACGACUUGGACGUGGAGCUUGGUGGAAUGACGCCGUUAAAGAAGACCAAAGCCCUGAUUGGUGAUGCUGGUGUCACCUUCUCACACGCCUACACAGCAACUCCCCUGUGCUGUCCCAGCCGGAGCAGCAUCCUUACUGGGAAAUAUCCACACAAUCACAUGGUCCACAACAAUUCGUUGUCAGGCAACUGCAGCAGCAGAGCCUGGCAGGCUGGUCCUGAGAUGCAAGCCUUUCCUGUCUACCUCAGCAAGAAGUACUAUCAGACCUUUUAUGGAGGGAAAUACCUUAAUCAGUACGGGAUUAAUGAGACAGGAGGUGUGGGACAUGUUCCUCCUGGAUGGGACCAGUGGCAUGUACUGGUGGGGAACUCUCAAUACUACAAUUAUACUCUCUCUGUGAAUGGAAAAGCAGAGGUUCACAAAGACAACUAUGAAAAUGACUACCUCACUGACCUUAUUUUGAACAGGUCACUGAAUUUCCUGGAUUCACGAAGCCCCCAGCAUCCCUUUUUUAUAAUGCUGUGCCCUCCAGCUCCUCACUCUCCCUGGACUGCAGCUCCGGCGUACCAGAACAGCUUCACUGAUGUCAAAGCUCCACGUGAUGGCAGUUUCAACAAACCUGGAAAAGACAAGCACUGGUUGCUGCGUCAGCCUGUUAACCCUAUGCCAAACAGCUCUAUUAAUUAUCUCGACAAUGCUUUCCGUAAAAGGUGGCAGACCCUGUUGUCUGUAGACGACAUGGUUGAGAAGCUGGUAAAGAAACUGGAAGAGCUAAAAGAGCUGGACAGCACGUACAUUUUUUUCACAUCUGACAACGGCUACCACACAGGUCAGUUCUCCCUCCCCAUUGACAAGCGACAGCUAUACGAAUUUGACAUCCGUCUGCCACUUUUGGUACGCGGGCCCGGGAUCAAACCCAACCAAACUCUGCAGGCCCCGGUCAUGAAUAUCGAUCUCCCCAUGACCAUCCUCGACAUCGCCGGAGUUAAUAUUUCUGUCUUGGAUAUGGAUGGGCAGUCGUUUCUACCACAGAUCGCGCCGUCAUUACGCAAUGGCACUUCACGUCCCUACUUCUUGGUGGAGUACACUGGUGAGGGCUACGUUACUAAAGAUCCCGACUGCCCCAGACUCGGCCCUGGUGUGUCUCAAUGCUUUCCAGACUGUGUUUGUGAAGACGCCUUUAACAACACGUAUGCCUGUGUUAGGACUUUCAAGGACAACAAUUUGCAGUAUUGUGAAUUUGCUGAUGAUGAGGCAUUUGUGGAGGUGUACAACUUGACGGCUGAUCCUCAUCAGCUGGAGAACAUUGUGAAGAAGGUGGACCCUACGCUCCUGCAGGCCAUGAACCAAAAGCUCAUCAAGCUUCAGUCAUGCAAGGGAGACGGCUGUCGAAAUCUCUAACAGCUCGAGCACAAAAGUUCUGCUCAGGUUGAAGUGGUAACCAAAGAGUGUGUGAUUUUUUUAAAGUGAUUUAAAAAAAACCAAACAAAAAACCUUAAACCUUUGUUUACACUCAGCCCUCCCUUGCUGCUAGAUUCCAUUUCAGUUUGAUUUUAUAGAGUGGAGGAGUGGUGUCUGGUAUUACAUACUUUUUAAACAUAUAUCCUACUAGAUGCACUGCAAAUAAGAAUAGUGCUCGGCACUGCACACUGUGAAUUGAGAUGAUGGCGCGUACAGUUGUUCACCCCUUAACCUUUUUUUUCAUUUAUGUUCACCAGUUAUUCAGUAACUACAGUGAAAGUAAUAUAAGGCAUGUAGUUAAGAUACAAUGAUGAUUUACUGACACUUUAUAGAUUAAUGACCGUAAUUCAUAAUUCCUACAUCACUAACAUUACUUCGAUUUGUCCUUAUUUAAUGAUUUUAUCAUUCAAAAUCACACAAAUCAAAUACCUUGGGUCGUUUCCUAGGCCUGUAGGUACUUCAUGCCGUUCUGUAAUGUGACAAGAAGUAUUACAGGAAACAUAGAAAUCACAUGAUUAAAAAUGUACUUCACCUCUAUGUAUUCUCCUGCCUUAAAUGCUGUAUACAGCUCUAGAAAAGACAUGUUUAAAAAUCACUCCCUUAAAUGUGAAUGUAUUCAUGGCAUCAGCCUGGAGAUGUGUUUGACUGAUUUCUGUGCGUGUCUGAUAGGCUUUGCAGAACUCAGUCAUUUUUCUCUAUUCCAUUCAACCUUGGCUGGUUUAUUUUCUUCAGAGUUGGAACGUUUUAACAGGGUUUUCUGGUGCAUGUCACUAUACACAGUGAUUGUAUCUAUCUGAGAGUCUUCUUUUUGUCUGUUGUAGAAUAAAACAGCUGACAACAGGAUAGAUAUGGUAGGUGAUGCACCAGGGCUAUUGCACUUUUAAAAGAAAAAUAGUAAUGUUGAAUGUCAAAUAUUAAAGGGAACUGUCAUUUUUAAUAAUUAAUAAGCUUUGCCUUUCACAUUGAAAUGUUGUAUGUGCCUUUUGGAGUACAGCUGGAUUUGUUGCUGGUAAUUUUAAGGUUGUUUUUUUUUUUGGUCUUGCGUAUCCAGCUGUGGAAAAAUAAAAUCAAAACAUUUAAAUUCUAAAGAAAAUAUUUAAUAAAUGAUUGUGAGCAUUA